CUUCGCGUGCGUUGCCGGAAGCACUCCGCCGCGUGCCAGCCGCGCGCGUUUUGAAAGCGGUCGCUAAGGUGACGCCACGCUCCCUCUUGGCAGUUGGGCCCUGAGACGCCUCAAGGGCGGAACCCGAAGGAAAGUAGGGGGAGCCUGGGUGAGGGCCUGACGCCAGGCGGGAGGCCGGCAUGGCGCUGAACCCCAAGGACUUCGUGGAGAUCCGGCCUCUGCCUCCCCUGGCAGGCUUGGAGCCUUGGGGCCUCCCAAAAGGGGCCACCCGGCGGCAGGUGGUCUUGGAAACCUACCGGCGGAGGGUCAGGCAGCUCACCGAGCAGGGCUACUUCACCCCCAUCGGGCAGCCCUACCAGGAGUUCGCCGGGCCCCUCUGCCUCGACCCGAAGAGGCUCACCCUCCAAGGCCUGGGCCAGCUCCCUGCGGAACUCUUGAGAGAGGAAGUCUCCUACACAGAGAGCAUUAAGCCAGAUGAUUCAGUUAGAGUGAAGAAGCCAAAACCAAAAGAAAAGCCACCGAAAAAGAGUCUCUCAAACUUUAAAAACUUAGAAAAGGAUCUGAAGACCAUCCACAAAGAGCUUUUGCACACAAGAAGUUUUCUAACAGAGUUUCCAUUUCGAAGCGAUACGGAGAAGAAGAAGAAGAAGCGGUUCAUCCAACCUUUCACCCCAGUCCACAAUGGCCUGCUGGCAAAAAGGCAUCCAAAUGCACACUACGAGCCCAUGUUCCGCCAGCUCUGUGUCCUCAACUGGCUCCUGGAAGCGUUGACGUUGGAGCCCACUUCUAGCAUGAGGCCUCUGAUCACCUGCUGGGAUGCUAAGGACUAUGGAGGUGGGAAAAGCACCAUGAAAGAGGUCAUUCGAGAAAAGACCCUGCACUCUCAAUGGGAGCACUUCCUCACCCACUCGACAGGUAAAAGGUUUGGCCAGCGGCCACUUUUCCACAGCCAGGCCAAGAAGGUGGCCAGGAAGUCUGUGGCCCGGAGCGGCUCCAAGAUGAGUGGCCUCUCCUCCCCGCAUAGCAAGACCACGUUGACCAGCUCCCUGACGCCUGGCUCAGAAGAGGCGGCCCACCUGCCCUCCGACAGCGCCAGGGAUGUGGAGGACAUAGAGUCCUGCUACAGCAAGCAAACCAAGGAGGAGGAGGAGCCCAUGAGCUACUACCUGCAGACCCUGAUCCAGAUUGUGCAUGAAGAUGUGGCCAAGAAUUUUAGCAAAGCAAAUUCGCUUGUCAACAUCAAGCAGCCCUAUUCGCACACUGUAUCGACCCGGUCGGAGCCAGGGAGCGAGGUGUUUGUUGGGCCGCGGGUCAAAAGCUCCGCUUCGUCUUCAAAGGACGACAGAGGCAGCGCAGGAACCAUGAGAGAAGGGACACCAGUGGAGCAGAGGCUGAAGGGAUCCUUCAUCCGGAAGAAGGAAGAACUGUGCAAUGAGAUGAAGAAGCGCUUUUUUGACGUGGCUCAGGAGUGCGCCUUCCGGAUUCACGAUCAGUUGGACAUCCUGGAAAGGAGGAGAGAGGAGAGGAGCAUCCAAAAAUACAUAUGCCUGGGCCGCCUCAAGAAUUUCCGGAAAGACAUGGAAUGGAUGAGGCAGGCAACCGUGGGGAAGGAACCGGUUCAAGAAGCUGAGGCCGAGAACUGGUUUUCCAUUCUGCUGGCCAAGAUCCCAGCGGACGCCAGGGAAGAGCAUCGCACCCAGAAGAUACUGAAGAAGCUCCAGCGCUUUGCCAGGAACCCCGACCUGCGCAUCCGGCCGCUCACUUUCCUGAAAGUCCUGGGAGGCCUUCGGAUCUGGGAGCUUUGCUCUCCGGACGUCUCUUCGGCUGUGCAGUUUCUGCGCGAAUAUGUCAUUCAGAUGCCCGCGGAAGAUUUCAAAAAGUGGCUGAGGUCUCGGGUCUCGAUCCCAAAGCCACACAGUGCCCCGCCGGUGGUCUGAGAAGACAACACACCAAUAGCCGAAGAGUCUAUCUUUGGAGCAAUAUGGUUGGCACUGACUGGAAGGCAAGGCCCAAGCACUACCUCAAGGGCUACCCACUGCUCAUUCUCACAAGAGAAUUGAACAACCCAAGUUAUUUUAACAUUACAGUUAAAGUUUGUUGAGUUUGUAGAUGUUUGGUUUGGUGUGUUGUGAUGGGGGCAGUAUUGUGCCUGCUUCCAUCUGAGUGACCUGGUCAAUCCUUGUAGUGAUCAGCGCCAGAAAUGGUCAUUGUUCGAUUUCUCUCAAUUUCCUGUGUUAUGUUCAUUAACGGUUUUGAAACUUUCUGACUUCCGAUUUAUUAAAAACUGCAACUACA